AUGAGGCUGUUUUGGGAGCUUAUUAUUAAUUUUUUUAUUUUUUUUUUUUAACUUUAUUUUGACCACAGCAUCACUGCUGGGAAGACACAAUCCAGGAGUCCAGACUUACCUGAGCGGGUUCCUGACAAGCCAAACCGCGUCGAGGAUGCCGUGCACAGCCCAGGGAGCCUGGCAGCCCAGCCAAGGAGGGGGGCACAGGGGGCACAGACCUCCCUGGGACACGUGGAUCCUGCUGAGGCAUCUUUUGGGACCCUCUGCACCCUCAGGAGGCUGUUCCUGCUGCUCGGGGUCGCCGGGCUGCUGGUGGGGACGGUGGCUGGGACGUGGCUGCUGGUGAAACACCUGCAGCAGCCUCAGCCAGAGCAGGAGCCCCCCCUGCUGCAGGAGCCGGAUGCGAUCCCAGCCUGCAGUGAUGGGGAAGAGGAAGAGCCCGUGGUCCGGGGGGCUCCCAGGACAGCCGUGUGUGAGGCUGCACAGAACACUCUAAAGGGGACUCAGGUUGUCUGUAAUGGAGUGGCUUUAGUGUCUUUCAGAAUAAACACAGCGAACUCCCUGCUGGAAGCUCAGCUGGAAGGACGUCCUGGCUGGCUCCUGGUGUGCCACGAGGGCUGGAAUCGCUCCCUGGGCACCCUGCUCUGCCAGCAGCUCGGGUUCCUCAGAAUGACCCAUCAGAAAGGAGUGAACCUGACGGAUGUCAGGGUGGACGAGCAGCAGCAGUUCCUGCAGGUCAGACCCCACCAGGAGGGGAGCCUGGAAGACUUGUGGCAGGUCAGGAGCAGCUGUGAAUCGGGGCGGAUCGUGGCUCUGCAGUGCUCAGAGUGUGGGCUGCCCGCCGGGGCCGUGCGGGUGGUCGAGGGGGCAGAUGUGCCCCCUGGGCGCUGGCCCUGGCAGGUCAGCGUGUGCCAGGGCUCCCAGCACCGCUGUGGGGGCUCGGUGCUGGCCCAGGACUGGAUCAUCACAGCAGCUCACUGCGUGCACAGCUCCAGCAGGCUCCAGGGCUCUGCCUGGCGGGUGUUUGCAGGGAUUGUCACCCACGGCUCCCUCAGGCAGGAGGCUGGGGUGCCAGUCCAGGAGGUCGUUCACCACCCGCUCUACAACCACAACAGCCUCGACUACGACAUCGCCCUCAUGAAGCUCCGAGUGCCCCUCAAUUUCUCGGCUGCCAUCCGAGCCGUGUGCCUGCCGCCCUCCCACCAGGACCUGCUCCAGGGCACGCAGUGCUGGGUCUCUGGCUGGGGCUACACCACCCCUGACCAAGCGCAGGUGGCCGGGACGCUGCAGGAGGCCCUGGUGCCGCUGAUCGGGACGCGGAGGUGCAACAGCUCCUGCAUGUACCCGGGGGGGCUCACGGCCAGGAUGCUCUGUGCCGGCCACGCCCGCGGCCAGGUGGACGCCUGCCAGGGGGACAGUGGGGGCCCCCUCGUGUGCUGGGAUGGAUCCACGUGGCGCCUGGUGGGCAUCGUGAGCUGGGGCCAGGGCUGUGCUGAGCCCAACCACCCCGGGGUCUACACCAACGUGGCUCAGCUGCUGCCCUGGAUUUACCAGGUCACCGAGAUCUACUAGAAAUCAGGCAAGGUGGAACCUCACAGAGCUACACCUUGUCCUCUCCAAGUGAGGAGUGGAGAACAGUCUGGGAGUGAUUCAUCCUGUAACCCGAACAGAACCCCAAACGUG